ACAAUGAAACACAGUUUUGCUUUUGACAACAUGGGCUAUGAGGAGAGCUUUGAAACCAUGCCCUCUCCAUCUUCCCAAGAGCACACUGUGGCAGUCAACAUUGUGGGAAUGACUUGCCAAUCUUGUGUGCAGUCAAUAGAAGGCCGAAUUUCCAAGGUGAAGGGCAUUGUGAGUAUUAAAGUCUCCCUUGAACAGAACAAUGCUGUAAUAAAGUAUCUGCAAUCGGAAAUAAGUCCUGAACAGAUUUGCCAGGAAAUUCAGGAUAUGGGAUUUGACGCCAACAUAACAGAAGAGAAGUUGACAACAGCGACCAUAAAUUUGUCGUGCUUGAGAGAAGCAGUAGUUAAGCUUCGGGUAGAAGGCAUGACAUGCCAGUCCUGUGUCACCAACAUUGAAGGAAAGAUUAGGAAACUGCAUGGUGUGGUGAAAAUCAAGGUGUCGCUUGGUAACCAGGAAGCAAUUAUUGCUUACUAUCCUUACAUCAUUCAGCCUGAUGACCUCAAGAGCCAUAUCAGUAACCUGGGGUAUGACUGCACCAUUAAAAGUAAACCAGCCCUUUUAAAGCUGGGUGUCCUUGAUCUCGGGCGCCUGCAGAAUGCAAACCCCAAGGAGACACCAGCAAGUCCUGAGAGUGACAAGGUGGAUCCACUGGUCGCCGAGAUGAGUGGCACAGCUACGGUGGAUAUACAGAUAGAAGGCAUGCACUGCAAGUCCUGGACCAUAUCACAGAGACAAGGAGUGCAAUGUAUAGCAGUUUCUCUAGCUGACAGAACUGGGACCAUACAUUAUGAUCCAGCUGUCACUAAUGGAGGAGAGUUAAGAGCUGCCAUAGAAGACAUGGGGUUUGAUGCUUCGGUGCUGACAGAUACCGCCACUGGAGAAUGUAGGCACCAGCCUGACACCAGCAAUGCUGCCGUGCAGCCUCGAGCUCCAGAGACUCCUCACCAAGGCUGUGCCUCGGAUGCUCUUCCGGACAGUCCUCACCUUGAUGGGCCAAACCAGCCCAGCGGAGUGACAGCUGAAAAGUGUUUUUUACAAAUCACGGGCAUGACCUGUGCAUCAUGUGUGUCCACCAUUGAAAGAAAUUUGCAGAAAGAAGACGGAAUUGUUUCAGUGUUGGUAGCACUGAUGGCAGGUAAAGCAGAGAUAAAAUACAAGCCAGAAUUCAUACAGCCUCUUGAAAUAGCACAGCUGAUCCAGAAUUUGGGUUUUGAAGCUACCGUCAUAGAAGAUCAUGCAGAAACAGAAGGCAAUGUGGAACUUCUUAUUACAGGGAUGACUUGUGCUUCUUGCGUUCACAAUAUUGAAUCCAAACUCAUGAGAACAAAUGGCAUAUUCUACGCCUCAGUUGCACUUGCUACUUGCAAAGCUCACAUCCAGUUUGAUCCUGAAAUUACUGGACCUCGAGAUAUUAUAAAAAUAAUUGAGGAAAUUGGCUUUCAUGCUUCUGUGGCUAGAAGAGUUCCAAAUGCACAUAACCUGGAUCAUAAAAAGGAAAUACAGCAGUGGAGGAAAUCUUUCUUGUGCAGCCUACUGUUUGGUAUCCCUGUCUUAAUACUAAUGAUUUAUAUGCUAAUACCCGACGGUGAGCACCAUGGGUCUAUGGUGCUGGAACAGAACCUCAUUCCUGGAUUAUCUAUUUUAAAUCUUCUCUUCUUUGUCCUGUGCACUUUUGUUCAGUUUCUUGGUGGAUGGUAUUUUUAUGUACAAGCUUACAAAUCACUGAAGCACAAGACAGCCAAUAUGGAUGUGCUCAUCGUACUGGCCACGACCAUUGCUUAUGUGUAUUCGUGUGUGAUCCUGAUGGUAGCGAUAAUUGAAAAGGCAGAAAAAAGCCCUGUCACUUUCUUUGACACUCCUCCGAUGCUGUUUGUGUUCAUUGCCCUUGGGAGAUGGCUGGAACACAUAGCAAAGAGUAAGACCUCAGAAGCUCUUGCUAAACUUAUAUCUCUUCAAGCCACAGAAGCCACUGUGGUGACUCUUGGACCUGACCACUCUAUUGUCAGGGAGGAGCAGGUAGCGGUUGAACUGGUUCAAAGGGGUGAUAUAAUAAAGGUUGUUCCUGGUGGAAAGUUCCCAGUGGAUGGAAAGGUCAUUGAAGGCAGUUCUAUGGCAGACGAGUCUCUCAUUACUGGGGAAGCUAUGCCAGUCACUAAAAAGCCUGGGAGCACAGUGAUUGCUGGUUCAAUAAAUGCACAUGGCUCAGUUCUUGUUAAUGCAACUCAUGUUGGUAAUGAUACCACUCUGGCACAAAUCGUGAAAUUGGUGGAAGAAGCUCAAAUGUCAAAGGCACCCAUCCAGCAAUUGGCAGAUAAGUUUAGUGGAUAUUUUGUUCCAUUUAUCAUCAUCAUUUCAACAGUGACGUUGAUAGUAUGGAUCACAAUUGGUUUUAUAAAUUUUGAUGUUAUUCAAAAGUAUUUUCCUAAUCAGAACAAACAGGUUUCAAAAGCUGAACUAAUACUGAGGUUUGCGUUUCAAACCUCAAUCACUGUGCUGAGCAUUGCAUGCCCAUGUUCUUUAGGCUUGGCUACUCCCACAGCUGUGAUGGUGGGCACAGGAGUUGCUGCACAGAAUGGUAUUCUCAUCAAAGGCGGAAAACCCCUGGAAAUGGCACACAAGAUCAAGACUGUGAUGUUUGAUAAAACUGGGACCAUCACCUGCGGAGUUCCUAAAGUCAUGAGGGUGCUUUUGCUGGGAGACACAGCUGUGCUCCCUCUGAAGAAGGUACUGGUGGUGGUUGGCACUGCAGAAGCCAGCAGCGAGCAUCCUUUAGGAGUGGCAGUGACUAAAUAUUGCAAAGAGGAGCUUGGCACUCAGAGCCUGGGAUACUGCACCAACUUCCAGGCAGUCCCGGGCUGUGGCAUCAGCUGCAAAGUCGGAGGUGUUGAGGCUGUCCUGGGCAUGGCUGAGGAGGGUCUCGAUAAGCUGGACGCUAACAGGAGCGGGGACAGCAGUGCUCCUCUGGCAGGUCCAUCAGCUUCUCAUACAUACUCGGUGUUGAUUGGAAAUCGUGAGUGGAUGCGACGCAAUGGCUUGCAUAUUGCAAAUGAUGUAAAUGAUGCAAUGACAGACCAUGAAACGAAAGGACAGACUGCCAUACUAGUGGCUAUAGAUGGAGUGUUGUGUGGAAUGAUUGCAAUAGCAGACACUGUCAAGCAGGAGGCAGCCCUUGCUGUGCACACGCUGAAAAACAUGGGAAUAGAUGUGGUGCUGAUAACGGGGGACAACAGAAAAACUGCAAAAGCCAUUGCUACUCAGGUUGGGAUCAAAAAAGUCUUUGCUGAGGUUCUUCCUUCUCACAAGGUUGCAAAGGUCCAGGAGCUCCAAAAUGGGAGAAGGAAGGUUGCGAUGGUUGGUGAUGGAGUCAAUGAUUCCCCUGCACUAGCCAGGGCCGAUGUUGGAAUUGCAAUUGGAACGGGCACUGAUGUUGCCAUUGAAGCAGCAGAUGUUGUUCUUAUCCGAAACGAUUUGCUGGAUGUAGUUGCCAGUAUUCACUUAUCAAAGAGAACAGUCCGAAGAAUACGAAUAAAUCUGAUUCUUGCCUUAAUUUAUAAUCUGCUUGGAAUACCCAUAGCAGCAGGUGUAUUCAUGCCUGUUGGCCUUGUGCUUCAGCCUUGGAUGGGAUCAGCUGCAAUGGCAGCUUCUUCUGUGUCUGUUGUGCUGUCUUCCCUGCAGCUGAAAUGUUAUAAGAAGCCAGACACAGAAAGUUAUGAAGUACAAGCUCAAGGCCGCAUGAAGCCACUUACUCCUUCCCAAAUCAGUGUUCAUAUUGGAAUGGAUGAUAGGAGGAGGGAUUCAUCCAGACCAACUCCUUGGGAUCAGAUUAGCCAAGUGUCCCUCUCUUCCUUGACUUCAGACAAGCUGCCGAGAUGUAAUGGUUUUGUUGAGGAGGAAGGGGACAAGUGGUCAUUGCUCAUGAAUGGAGGAGAUGAAGAACAGUACAUCUGA